UAUUACAUUUCAAGAAAGAUCUUAAAUUCGACUUUUAUCGUACACCUCUCUUCUCAACCGACUCACAAGUCACAACCAUAAACGGACCUCAUAGAGCUUACUACUCCCCCAUGUCAACCAUCCUUUUGUCUAUCCUCCGCCAUAAACCAAAAACUUUGAACCAACUAAAACAAAUUCAUGCCUUACUCAUCUUAACUGGCCUUAAAUCUUCCUCUACAUUAGCCAAACUCAUUGAACACCAUUUCCAUCUUUUCCGUCGCCAAAUUCCAAGUUAUGCCCAUCUCAUACUCAAUCAUGAAACCCACAACCAACUCUUCCUACUCAACACUUUGAUCAAAUGUAGCUCACCCAGAGACUCCGUUCUUCUUUUUGCCAAAUAUAUUUCAGGUUCAUCCAUUGUUUUUGAUGAUCAUACCUUCAUUUUUGCUUUUGGUGCUUGUGCUAGAUCUUCUUCUUUAUCAGCUUUACAUGAAGGAAAACAAAUUCAUGCUCGUGCAAUAAAACAUGGGUUUAUGUUAAAUCUUUUAGUGUCCACAACUACGAUACAUUUCUAUACGAGAAAUGGUCAUAUCUGUUAUGCACGGAAGGUGUUUGAUGAAAUGCUUGUGAGAAGUGAUGCUACUUGGAAUGCGCUUAUAUCAGGGUAUUCCUCCCAGAAAGUGAAUUUGAUUGAGAAUUCUUUCAAUGCGUUAGUGACUUUUAAGAACAUGUUGGCUAAUGAUUAUGUAAAACCGAAUGGUAAAACUGUGGUUUGUGUGCUUUCUGCUGUUUCACAGUUGGGUUCAUUAGGAACUGGAUUUAGUGUUCAUGGGUAUGUAGUGAAAACCAUUAAUUCCCCAGAAAAGGAUGUGUACAUUGGUACUGGUUUAAUUGAUAUGUACUCUAAAUGUGGGUGUAUUAGUAUUGCAUCCAAAGUUUUUGGUAUGGUGAAGGAGAAAAAUGUGCUAACUUGGACUGCAAUGGUUACAGGCUUAGCCUACCAUGGGAAAGGAAAAGAAGCUAUAGAGCUAUUAUUAGCAAUGAAAAAAUGUCAUGUAUUGCCAAAUGCAGUAACUUUUACAAGCAUAUUAACAGCCUGUUGUCAUACAGGACUUGUAGAAGAGGGUCUUCAUUUGUUUCACAAGAUGGAGACAGAAUUUGGUUUCGCCCCUGAAAUCGAGCACUAUGGGUGUGUCGUCGAUCUCCUUGGAAAAGCCGGGCAUUUGAGAGAAGCGUACGAUUUUAUAGUGGCAAUACCCGGUGAAACAAACCCCGUCUUAUGGAGGAGUUUACUCGGUUCUUGUCGUCUGCACGAGGAUGUAGUGAUGGGUGAGGAAGUAGGGAAGAUACUAGUCCAGCUUGAAGCAGAGGUUUGCCAUGGGGAUGAGAAAGCUCCUAGUAAAGAUUAUGUAGGGCUUUCUAAUGUUUAUGCAUUGGCUAAAAGGUGGGAAGAUGUGGGAUCAGUUAGAGGGGAGAUGAGGAUUAAGGGUUUAAAAAUCAAAUCUGGUCAUAGUGUUGUUCAUUGAAUGAAAGUAAUGAAUAUUAGAUGUUGAAUUGCCCAAACCACUAUCACAUGGUUUGCUAAUCUUCUCAUGAAUUGCAAAUCAAGAAAAGCUAAUUAUGGUCGGUUUUGGGUUAUUUUGUGAUACUUUGAGCUAAUCACAAUAUUGAAAAGCGAAUGAUUUGGUGGAUUAUGUUACACUGGAUUGAACAUAGCCUGAAAUUCUUCUGAAUUACACUAGUGUUGUAUGAAAGUGGGUAGGAAGAAGCAACUUUAUAAAGGAAUUGAAAUAUGAUUCGCAGACUUGGAAUAUUUGUGGAAAACUUGAAAAUAAGUUAUGGUUGCACUAGCUAGGAGAGCAUGUCGAUCGCAAUUCGUUUCGGUUGAAAUUUGGAUCGGUGGAACUUUUAAGUCGUGUUUGGAUCAAAGUCGGUAGCAUAUUGAGAAUUAUUGAGUAAUGAUUGGUAACGAACUUAUUGCAUAGGAAUCAGAUUUGGCUCAAUUGAUUCGGGUUUGGAUUAUUGUUUAACUCAGGUUGAAUAACGUGUUAAAUCAAACUCAGUUAAGAAUGAGUUCCACACUUCCACUGAUAGUCACUUUGUAUUUUCUUGGGUUGAAAGACGGGUAACCGAAUUCAGUUAAGAAUAAGCUCAAAUUUCUAAAAUGCAAAACUACAUUAUUUGCAUUUUGCAAGUUUGAAAGGAAAAAAUUGAUUUAGCUAACAUGUCACGCUCAACUAUUUUUACACGACAAAAUUCAUACACAUGUAUACAUUAAAAUAAAUCUUGUAUGAGACGCCUUAUCGUGAGAGAAGUCAAUAUAAGAAGCCCCAAAUUUAAAAAAUAAAUAUUUUAAUAUCUAACAUGAAUAUUUUAUUUAAUUUAGUUGUACUUUUAGCCUAACUUAGAAUUAUCUCAUAGUAAAAUCUUUUUAAAUGAGAAUUUGUGAUACAUUUAUUCUUCAUGGUGAGUAUUUUUGUUUACCUCCAUAAAC